CACUUUUCUUUUGAGUGGUGCUUGAAAGUUGCUAUUGUUAAAAAUAGAGAAACAAAUUUCCAAGUGUUUGGGAUUGGCAAACUUAAGCCGAACGCUGUUAUAAGAUUAUAAGUGGAUCAUAGUACUUGCAGCUGCAAAAUGAUGUAAUCUUUACAAGCAUGGUGUGACAGCUACUUUGUGAAACUUUUGUACUUCGAAAAUCGUGUGUGCUUAAAAUGGUGUUAACAUGCUUAACUUGUUUGUAAACAUGUGAAUUAAAACGUUCAGAUGCAGUACACAUGAGAUCGGAAGUCGACAACUCAAACGCACACCGACAGACUGGGGCAAUUAUUUGAGACACGGCUAGGACAGUAUGGUAUUUUGGAUAUUUGGUCUGCUCUGCUUUUCACAAACGUGUACGGCAGUAUUUAUAGACGGGUUGGACUGCAGUCUGGAUUGUGUUUGUUGUAAGGGAGGAGAAGACCAUUGUGGAUAUGAUUUUGGAACAGGACGAAAAUAUUGUUUUGACGGCUGCGUUGAUGGAAUAUAUGGACAUAGGUGUCAUAAUCCCUGUCCCAGAAACUGUUCUAAGUGUGAACAAGUACUUGGUAAACAAUGUUACAGUUGUAAAAGCACAUUUUAUGAUAUAGACAGUGAUUGUAGCAAGAUGUGUUCAGUUGGGUGUGACAGGGGAGUGUGUUAUGUUGAUGGCAAAUGCGAUACGUGUUUACCAGGAAAAUAUGGUUCACAUUGUACACUUAAUUGCACUUAUCAAAACUGCCGAUGCACAAAUGGAACUGAUUGUACUUCUUGUCGAAAAGGAUUUUUCGGCAGAAGUACAUUCUGUCAAAACCCUUGUUCCCCAGGAUGUCAGGAUGGCGUUUGUAAUGACGACGGUAGUUGUAAUUGUCGAGGAGGGUUUACGGACAAUACAUGCAGUGUAUGUCAGGCAGGAUAUUAUGGGAUAUACUGCAAUAUAUCCUGUUCCGUAGGAUGUGUAAACAAAUCAUGUUCAAAAGAUGGCACUUGUUUAUGUCGCCCAAACUUCGAAACAUCUGUUGAUGGCAAAUGCGAGACGUGUAUACCAGGAAAAUAUGGUUCAAACUGUACACUUAAUUGCACUAAUAAAAACUGCCGAUGUACGACUGAAACUGAUUGUAUUUCUUGUAAAAAGGGGUUCUUCGACCGAAGUACCUUCUGUCAAACACCUUGUUCCCUAGGAUGUCAGGAUGGUGUUUGUAAUGACAAUGGUAGUUGCAAUUGUCGAUAUGGAACAUGCAUUCAGUAUGAAUGUCAGUCUGGAUACUAUGGGACAUACUGCAAUAUAUCUUGUUCCGUAGGAUGUGUAAAUGGAACGUGUUCAAAAGAUGGCACUUGUUCAUGUCGCCAAAACUUCUUUAAAGAAAAAUGUAAUGCAUGUGCGAAUGGAAGAUACGAUGUAAACUGUGAUCAUAUAUAUACAUCAGAAAAAGUUCGGCCACACAUAGGAGCUUUUGUUGGAGGUGUUAGUAGUGGCAUUGUAGUAAUCAUUGGCAUCGUUGUUGCAUUAUUGCUCUUUCGACGAAGAUCCAAUAGCAUGCCUGCUGCUAGCCAAACCAAGCAAAAUGCAUCAGCAAAUGAACGGACACGCUUUAAUGAGAGACAAACCAUUUACACCCAGCUGCAAUUAUCUGCACAAGCUGAAACUACUUCUGAAAACGAGAUUUACCUGAAGAUAGAUAACGAGAGCAUUGAAGCUCUAAAUAAUGGUUCAGACGAUCCGACGUAUUGUAAUGAACAUGGAACAUGGUCGAAGAUACCCAUUGGUCAACUCGUCAAGUAUGUGGAUGAAAAGAGUCUUGAAGCGUUUAUUGCAGAAUUUGAGAUUUUUUCUCACUGUUCUGCGAAGUCUUAUGUGGAAUCGCAGAAGAGAGAGAAUAUAAGUAAGAACCGGUACAAAGGCAUUUAUCCAUAUGAUGAUUCAAGGGUCAAGGUCACAGGCAGUGUUGGAUCCGAUUACAUCAAUGCUAGCUUUAUUGACGGGUAUAAAAGGCCAAAACAGUACAUCGCCACACUAGGUCCAAUGUCCCAACAAUUAGGAGAUUUUAGCCUAUUCUGGAAAAUGCUUUGGCAACAAAAGGUUGAGAAGAUUGCCAUGGUUACUAACCUCAUUGAACGGGGAUCUCAUAAAUGCGAGCAAUACUGGCCAAACCCUGGAACAACUCAGAUGUUUGGUGAUAUUAAGGUGGAGAGCCGCUCGGAGGAUGAGUAUGCUGAGUUUACUAGGAGGACUUUCACAUUGACCAUGGGUACCGAAGAAAGAACACUGUGCCAUCUGCAAUUCACGUGUUGGCCUGACAAAGCAAUACCCGACGAUGUCACUGAAUUGAUAGAGUUUAGACAGCGUGUUCAGAGUACGCCGAGUACACUGAAUGGACCAACAGUUGUGCAUUGCAGUGCUGGUGUUGGAAGAACAGGCAUAUACAUUGCUCUGGACAUCCUGACAGAAGAAGGUGAAGUGGAACGAGCCAUUGAUAUCUUGGGCUGUGUCCAUACAAUUCGCCGGAAUAGGCCGAAUAUGGUUCAAACGUUGGAGCAAUACAAGUUUUUGCACACAGCUGUGGUGUAUUCAUUGACAUUUGACUGCAGCCAAGUCAAGGGAGAUAACUUUAAUCAGUAUAUGAAACCUCACUCUAUACAAGAACUGAACAGUCAGUUCAAAAGAUUGCAGCACACGGUGAAAACACGAUGCAAAGAAGAAAUUGAGGCGGUUGAUCGAAAUGAGCAGCACAGGAACAAAAACAGAGCAAGCGCCGAUAUCCCAGGUGAUGAAAACAGACCACGUCUUUAUCUAGGUCUCAAACCAGGAGCGACGGACUACAUCAAUGCUGUGUACAUACAUAGCUUCAUAAUGAAGAAACGCUACCUGGUAGCACAAACUCCACUACCAGAGACGGUUAUCGACUUUUUGACCCUAGCUGUCCAAGAGAGGUGUUCAUGUAUUGUCAGCUUAGAAGCUGAUAUGGACAAACAAAAGGAUAUCGGUAUAUACUACCCUGCUGCAAAUCAAGAUGUAUUAGAAGAUGGAACUUUUAAAGUCAGCAGUUCGAGAGAAGAGAAGAACACAUUUUACGUAGAACGAACAUUGACAAUACAGCACAAAGGGCCAGGGAUGAACACUGAUCGAAUCAUUCCACAUCUUCAGUUUACUGACUGGGAUCAAAAGAAGAAUAUUCCAAAAUCAACUGCAAACUUUCUGUCAUUUCUGAACGUGAUAGAGAGUGUCACAAAAAACCAAGAAUACGGACCAAUAUUGGUCCAUUGCUUUGAUGGUGCCGGCAAGAGUGGUCUGUUCUGCGCUGUUUCGCUGCUUCUCCACAAGAUGGCGGUGGAGCAUGAAGUCAGUGUACUGAACGCUGUAAGGAAGGUCAAAACCACGCGGAGGCUAGCAAUUCCCAAUCAGGAACAAUUUGUGUUCUGCCAUGAAUGCGUUUCCGAAUAUCUAAGUUCGUUUUACAUGUACGCCAAUUUCAACGAAGAAAGAAGGUGAUCUCAUUGUGUUAUCCAGUCGUAUGUCAAAUGUUAAAAUGAGAAACUUUAGAAUAAAUACUUUAGAAAGUGUAGAUAUGUAAGUAUGGUGCAGUUAAUUGUACAGAACAUACCACAUAAUUAUAUGUAAUGUUAUGUAAUGAGUUGAAAAAUGUCAGAUGAAAAUAUAUAUAUAUAAAAUCCACCAUUGAAAAUGUAUUAAUGACAUUACAAUAAAAUAUAAUUUUUCAACAGAGGUUUUUAAAAAAAUAUUAUCUAUCCUAAUACAUUCAGUUUUAGUGUAUGUGUAUUGUAUAAAAAAGGUAAAAAAUCCCACAUAUGCUCACUCGUGUUGUCUCAAAACUCGUCUGUAUGUUGGUGCAUUGAACGCAUCUCUGGUGUAACAUCAUACUAGGUAAACAAAGCAUAUUGUAGCAUUUUAUAGAGCAAUUGUUGCGCAUCAAAUCUCUUAUUGUUAAUGCUAUUACUCAUCCGGAUUUAUAUGUCGACAUUUUCAAAAAACUUCGUGAAAUUUAAAUGCUACCUCCAUUAAGACUAACUGAUCGACUUACUGUCUUUUUAAAUCGAGGGUAUAUUGGUACUAUCUUACAUGAUACAUGCCAUCUAGUAUUUGAAAUAUAUUUUCUUGGAGAUAAAAUUCAUCUCAAUAAAUUAAUCUCAACUCCUUGCCACGACAUUAAUCGACAAUCAUUUAUAACACAAACAAACUUAAUACUUUUUUGUUUAAUGUGCAACAAGUGGUGCUUCUAUUUUAUUUCAUGUAUAUCAGUGAUAGAAUGAAAAAAUGUUGAAUGAUAACUUGAUCAUUUCACUCUGGCUCGAGUUAAAUGAUAACAUUUGAUCAUUUCACUCUGUAUAGACAACUCGGGACUAUAUUUUCCAUCUUUUAUAAGAUUUGCUUCCCUUGAAAUAGACAUGUAUGUAACAAGUACAGGUUUGUUGUCGUCUGUAGUGCAGUAAUAUACACAUUGACCGAUUCGUAUUGAAUUUUCAAAAUCAAAUUAUGCAAUAGUUUUAAUAAAACAAAUAUUUUUUUUACGAUUGAUUAUACAGUAACUAUUAAAAAGAACAAGCAUACCAAUUUAUGUAUGAACUAUUUCAUUGAACAUCUGUUACAAUUAACCCGCUUGGUAGGUAUCGGUUGAAUAUUUACUUGGCCAUAUGUGCUGAUACUAGAGUUGAUAGAUCAUUUCUUUCUACAAACUCUAACCGCGUACAUGUAUGCACAAGCAUUUUGAAUUUGACCAUUUUCCAGUUUACAUGUAUUUUUCAUUGUAUUAUUAAAAUCUAUAUUAUCUUUAUUAUAUCAUAUUUCAUAUUGUUUUUGUUGUCUGAGUGACAUGUCUUAAAUAUUUGCAUAAAAGGCUUCUUUUAUCAGUUAAAGCCUUUUACAUGAAAAAUGUAGAUUGCUUAGAGUGUACUUUAUUCACGUAUUAAGUAAAAUAUGGACAACUUUACAUGCUACGAAGGUAAAAUUAACUUGUUGCAAACUAUAAUCUAACAUAAACGUACAAAUAAUGUUGAAUUGAUGUCACUGUCUAUGGCAAAAGUUUAACUGCCACUUUUCAACAUCCAUAAUGAAUGUUGCACUUUGUUAUGUUGGCCAUCUCGAGCAAACAGAAAUAGUCAAUAACGUAUUGCAAGCCAUUAUGUUUCAAGGAUGGGAUUAUUCGUUUUAAGUGUCAGUUUUGGUUUUUAUUGUUAACAUACGUUUUGUUUAACACACACAUAUAUAUAUAUACAUACGAAGAUUAGAUCUUAAAAUAGUUGUUCAGUUAUCUUAUUGAUUUAUUAAAUUAAUUACGAUAAUUGCAAAAAAGGUCCUUACGAUAAUGAAUCGAGGAAACUAGCAACAAGAUCAAUAUCCCAAACUUAAGAAACAUUCUGAGUGACAGACUUCAACUUCAAUACAAAAAUGUGGUAGCAACUUGUAAGUAUUGAAAUAUAGCCAUAGACAUAAAAGAACAUGUACAUUUUCCGUCAGUAUCAUGUUUCUUUUUAAAAGCUUUUGAUUCUUCUCCGUUUCGUGCUUUUGUUUAUGAAAGUGUGCAUGUUGUUUAAUGAAUGAUAUUUUAUUAUAUUAUUGACAUUAUAUUAUUUUUCAUUUUUGUAGAUUUUAUAAAUGUUUUCAUGUUAUACAUAUUGUUUUAAUAUUUUAUACACAUUCGCGCCAUCUUAUUGACCAGCGUACGAUAUAAUAUUGUGUGAUCAAUUACCUGACCUACUUGGUUUUUGACGCUACAGCAAUGGAAUUUGGACGAUGUGUACAGUUUUGUAAACAAAUAUCAAUGUUGUCGUUGGAUGACCUUGAUUAUGUCCUAUUGAUCUACUUUCUUAUUUUUGAAGUUACAGCAAUGAACUUUGGACCAUGUGUAGAGGUUUGAAAUCAAAUAUCAAUAUUGUCCUCUGAUGACCUUGACGUUUUAACCUACUUUCUUAUUUUUGAAGUUAUAGCAAUGAAAUUUGGACCAUGUGUAGAGGUUUGAAAACAAAUACCAAUAUUGUUCUCUGAUGACCUUGACUGUUACCUUUUGACAAAUUUGACAUAUUUUUUAAACAUUGUAUACACAUUCGCGCCAUUUUAUUUUCCAGCGUGCGAUAUAAUAUUGUGAGAUCAAUUACUUAUGUUGAAUACGUAGAUGUAAAAAAUCGAGUAAACGCAAAUGCCAGAUUAUUUUAACAUUGCAAAAUGAACUAUGCUUAGACUUUGUGAUUUUUCUUUGCAUAAACGUUUUGUAUUCUUAUCGCGCCGAAAGCUUGACUGUUUGAAUGAUUUGCUCAGACAAUACAGUAUUGAUUAUAGAUUAUAACUGGACGAUAAUUUGUACAAACAUAUAUAUGUAAAACAUUGUCUAUAUCUGUUUUAUCUAUUUCCGCCUACAAUGACUCAUCAUUUUACUGAUACUUGAUAUGAAUAUAUUACCCUAUCUUUAAGUCAUUGCACUAAAUAGUUUGUUUUCCUUGUUUUUGUUCGUAUUUAUUGGUUAAGUCGGCGUUUUAUAGUAACAAGCUUCAUAUGUUGCUUUUUAUAAUCAAUAAAGUUUGUUAUCGACGUCGAUGUGUUCGCUAUUGUAUCUGUGAUUCUGUAAACGGUUUUGUCAAAUUUUAAAAAGUCAAUAAAAUGAAACAAUACGAUCAUCAAAUAA